GGGCGGGGAAAGGCCGGGAGGGUGAGGAACCAAGGGCGCCAAGUCCCCGCGGUCCCACCUGUGACCCAGGCUUCCGCGGCGACUCUGAUGGCGGGGGCGGGGCUUGCCGGGCCGGACCCCACCCCGCCCCCAUCCCUGGGAGCUAUAACUUGAGUUGCGGACCUCACACACUCCACGGUCCAGCACCUGAGUCCUGGCCUCGCUCCUUCCUCGUGAACAAACAUCAUGAGCUUCAGCGCCCAAUCCACCUUCUCCAACUACCGGUCCCUGGGCUCCGUGCGGUCGUCGGGCCACCGGGUCCGACCGGUCAGCAGCGCGGCCAGCGUCUAUGCAGGCGCCGGGGGCUCGGGCUCCCGGAUCUCCGUGUCCCGCUCCACCAGCGUCCGGGGCGGCUGGGGGUCCGGGAACCUGGGCGCUGGGAUGGCUGGGGGUCUGGUGGGUGUAGGGGGCAUCCAGGGCGAGAAGGAGACCAUGCAAGACCUGAAUGACCGCCUGGCCUCCUACCUGGAGAAGGUGAGGAGCCUGGAGGCUGAUAACCGGAGACUGGAGAGCAAAAUCCGGGAACACCUGGAGAAGAAGGGACCCCAGGUCAGAGACUGGGGGCAUUACCUGAAGAUCAUCGAGGACCUGAGGGUUCAGAUUUUUGCAAAUUCUGUGGACAACGCCCGCGUCGUUCUGCAGAUUGACAAUGCCCGUCUUGCUGCUGAUGACUUCAGAGUCAAGUAUGAGACAGAGCUGGCCAUGCACCAGUCUGUGGAGAGUGACAUACAUGGGCUCCGCAAGGUCAUCGAUGACACCAAUGUCACCCGGCUGCAGCUGGAGACUGAGAUCGAGGCUCUCAAGGAGGAGCUGCUCUUCAUGAAGAAGAACCAUGAGGAGGAAGUAAAGGGUCUACAAAACCAGAUUGCCAACUCUGGGCUGACUGUGGAGUUAGAUGCCCCCAAACCUCAGGACCUCAGCAAGAUCAUGGCAGACAUCCGGGCCCAGUAUGACGAGCUGGCUCAGAAGAACCGAGAGGAGCUGGACAAGUACUGGUCCCAGCAGAUUGAGGAGAGCACCACAGUGGUCACCUCGCAGACUGCCGAGAUAGGAGCUGCUGAGAUGACCCUCACAGAGCUGAGGCGCACCGUCCAGUCCCUGGAGAUCGACCUGGACUCCAUGAGAAACCUGAAGGCCAGCUUGGAGAACAGCCUGAGGGAAGUGGAGACCCGCUACGCCAUGCAGAUGGAGCAGCUCAAUGGAGUCCUCCUGCACCUGGAGUCAGAGCUGGCUCAGACCCGGGCAGAGGGGCAACGCCAGACCCAGGAGUACGAGGCCCUGCUGAAUGUCAAGGUCAAGCUGGAGGCUGAAAUCAAUACCUACCGCCGCCUGCUGGAAGAUGGGGAGGAUUUCAGCCUUGGCGAUGCUCUGGACAGCAGCAACUCCAAGCAAACCAUCCAUAAGACCACCACCCUCCGGCUCGUGGAUGGCAAAGUGGUGUCUGAGACCUCAGACACCAAAGUUAUGAGGCACUGAGGCAGCAGAAGCAGGAUCCCCUGGGGAGCAGGGAGUCAAUAAAAGUUGAGACGU